GUGGAUUUUCCCCCUUUUACGGCCGCGCUAGUCCGCAUCGGGCGCUCAGCGGACGCGCCGGACGCAAAAAGUAACGCCUUUCUCUCUUCUCUCACUCUCUCUCCCUUUUCCCUUCUCCUUCAAUCGUCGGUCCUUUCCAUUCCUUCACCUUCACUUCUCUCUUUACUCUGUGCCUAUUCGCAAACUUGCGAUCUGUGGCCUGAGAUUCGUGUUUACUCUUACCCCCAGAGAUUUUUCUCUUCACGCGACUUCGCCAAAUUCCCCGUGCUUGUUUCGGAUCCCAUCUCCCCCUCAGACAACAUGGCCGACUUCCUUCAGAAGGUGCCCGUCCCGACCCUGGACCGGCCUUUUGGCGUCCACCUAUGGCCCAUCUUCGACAAGGCCUAUGAGCAGGUCAUGGGCUACCCUGCCAGCCAGUUCGACUUCGUCCAGGGCGUCACCCCCAUGUCCACCUUCAAGCAGACCGCGACUAUGCUGGUCACCUACUACAUCAUCAUCUUUGGUGGCCGUGAGGUCAUGAAGAACUUCCCCGCCUUCAAGCUGAACACUCUGUUCAUGAUCCACAACUUCCUCCUGACUGCCAUCAGCGCCAUCCUCCUGGCUCUGUUUGUUGAGCAGCUCCUGCCCACAAUUGUCCGCCACGGUGUCUUCUACUCCAUCUGCGACCACCGCGGUGGAUGGACUCAGCCUCUGAUUAUCCUGUACUACCUGAACUACAUCAACAAAUACGUCGAGCUCCUGGACACUGUCUUCCUCGUCCUCAAGAAGAAGCCCUUGACCUUCCUCCACACCUACCACCACGGUGCUACCGCUCUGCUUUGCUACACUCAGCUGAUUGGUCUGACUGCUGUGCAAUGGGUUCCCAUCACCAUCAACCUGUUGGUCCACGUUGUCAUGUACUGGUACUACUUCCAGAGUGCCCGUGGUAUCCGCAUCUGGUGGAAGAAGUACAUCACCAUGCUGCAGAUUGUUCAGUUCGUCAUUGAUCUCGGCUUCAUCUACUUCGCUUCUUACACCUACUUCUCCUCCGCCUACUUCCCCUGGGCUCCCAACAUGGGCCAGUGCGCCGGCGAGGAGUUCGCUGCUUUCGCUGGUAUUGGUAUCAUCACCUCCUACCUGCUCCUCUUCAUCUCCUUCUACAUUGCCACCUACAACAAGGCUGCCAAGGUUGGCCGCCCUCGCAGCAACACCGGCAAGAAGUCCCUCAUCGACAUGAAGAACUUCGAGGUCCCCUCCCCCGCCGGUGCCUCCAACGGCAGUGCCAAGGGCUCCAACGGCUCCGCCAGCUCUACUGGCCGCUCCAACGGCCCCGUCACUCGCUCCCGCAAGGCCUAAAUGGCCCCCUCUGCUGGAGGUAGCUCACGUGCCUCCCGAGUACCCAUAUGAGUGAGACUGUGGAGUCGUGUGUGAGGAUGUGUGUACCAUCCUGAAGUUUAAGCGUUGUGAGAUGAACCCAACCCUUCAUCUCUCACAAAAAUUCCUCGAACAUAUUUGCACCUUGACGAAGAGGAAGAGCAAGCAAAAGCAGUAAAGCAGAUGUGGCGUGGUUGCUUGCUGGUGAUUCACUUUAUACUCGUUUUAAUGAAUGACCUUUUCAUGAGGCUAGGCCUGAUGGUUUAGGGCCUGAUGAUCGAUGCAGCAGGGGCCCGGGUUGUGGAGGGCAGGCGCAAUGGUGAUGCCAGCCGCAGAUGAAGGGUAGUUCCCCCGCCUUUUGUCUGUGACUUCUUUUCUUUUCAUUUCAUCUGGGAACGGAGACUGUUGGGCAGUCCCUUGUUCCUGGCUGUAUUCUAUAAUGUCCUUUUUUCUCCUUCUGUUCAUGUUUGUCAUUAUCACCCUCGCAGUCUGCUGGCAGCAGGCCCUUUUCUCAAUUGCUUUCUUCCGUUCUGAUGUGUCAGUGAAGUACUUAUAGAUGCUAGGUUCACAUAUCAUGCUAAAUGUAAUCAGUUAUGCG